AUGAUUACUAACUUAAUAAUUUUAGUAUAUUUAGCAUCAUGGACAGUAUUCAUUAUAUUGAUAAUAUUGAUCGGAUAUCUUUUAGAUAAAUCAUAUAGACUAGCAUCAGUAUCUCCCCAACCUAAUAAUAAAAAUCCAGGUGAAACAACUUUUGGAAUUUUACCAAUUACAUCAAAGAUAUAGAGCCAAAUGAAAAGCUAGCAAUUAACUAGAUUUGAAAACAAUGAAUUAGAGGAUUUUUUUAAUAAUCCUGGAGAUAAUUCACCUAAUUUGAAUUAAGAGGAUUAAUUUUAUAGUAAUGGAGAAAGAAAUAUUACAGAAUAAAAUUCUCCUAUUCGUUUCACUGUUGACACAAAAUAAGUUUAAUCUCCAAGAAUUAAUAGAACACCUCAAAGAUCUAAUACUUUAAGAAGGACUAUUUUGAGAAAACCUACAAUCGGCACUUUUGAAGGAAUUGAGACUGCAUAGACUACAAAUAGGAGAAGUUUAAGGACUCCUGGAAAAAAAUUAUCAUAAAUACAAAGCGAUAGAAGCAGUGUAGGUGAUUUUACACCGAGAUCAAGCAAUCAAAAAUAUUAAUAAAAUCAACCUAGAAUUUCAUAAUUUAGUAAUUUUGGAAAAGCUGAAGCUAUCAAAUGCGAUCCAAAUUAUUAAAUACCAAAACCACAAAAUGAUUUUUAUGUAAAAAUAAAAAUAAAAAUAGAAAUGUCAUUAAUUUAGUAAAAUACUUUAUUCCCAUAAAGAAGGGAUUUCAAGAACCUUUAUGA